AGGCGCAAGGGGGAGCCCGGAGCUGGGAUGGAGCUCGCAGGGGCCGGGGGGGCCAUGAGCGGCAAAAAAGGACCAGGGAACAGCCGGGGCAAGAAGAAGAAGCACAAGAAGGAAAAGGCGCCGCCCCCUCCCCAUGCAGAGAGCGAGACCCCCACGGGGCCUCUGAGUCCCUCCUGCUCCGACGACACCCCGCGCACUCCCCCGGUACCCUCCUUGCCCCUUCCUGCUGCGAUCGAAGGCGGGCAGCUGGGAUCAGAUGACGAGGAACAAGAGGAUCCCCGAGAUUACUGCCGAGGUGGGUAUUAUCCAGUCAAGAUCGGUGACCUGUUCAACGGGCGCUAUCACGUGGUGCGGAAGCUUGGCUGGGGGCAUUUUUCGACAGUCUGGCUCUGCUGGGACAUACAGAGGAAGCGGUUCGUGGCUCUCAAGGUGGUAAAGAGCGCUGUGCACUAUACAGAGACGGCCGUGGAUGAGAUAAAGCUUCUGAAAUGCGUGCGGGACUCAGAUCCCAGCGACCCCAAGCGUGAGAACAUUGUCCAGCUAAUCGAUGACUUCAAGAUCUCGGGGAUCAAUGGCGUCCAUGUCUGCAUGGUCCUUGAGGUUUUAGGGCAUCAGCUGUUGAAAUGGAUCAUCAAAUCCAACUACCAAGGGCUUCCUAUCCCCUGCGUCAAGAGCAUCCUACGCCAGGUACUGCAGGGCCUCGACUACCUCCACACCAAGUGCAAAAUAAUCCACACAGACAUAAAGCCAGAGAACAUCCUGCUGUGUGUGGAUGAGGGUUACGUGCGGCGCCUGGCGGCUGAGGCAACUGUCUGGCAACAGGCCGGGGGGCCUCCCCCCUCGGGCUCUGCAGUCAGCUCUGCACCCCAGGAGAUCGUGAACGGGAAGAUGUCCAAGAACAAGCGGAAGAAGUUGAAGCGGAAGCAGAAACGGCAGAGCCAGCUCCUGGCCGAACGGCUCCAGGACCUGCAGAAGCUGGAGGACCUGGCCGCGGGGGACGCGAGUGAAUCCAUAGUAGCCCAAGACCUCAGCGACGGCGCUCCGGUCUCCGUGGCGGGAGGAGCGGAGCCCACGGGAGGGUCCUUAGCCUGCAGCCCCCAGAGCCUGACCUCCUCCUCCGGCUUCUACACGCACAACGCCUACGACAGCUGCAAUGGGCACUCUCCACCGGGCGCCGCCAGCCGCCACUUCAGCCCCGAUUCGACAACUUCGGGUUUCUCAGGAUCCCUCUUCUCUGGCUCGGCCAUGUCGGGGGUUUCGAACCAGCGGGAGCGCGGAGGGCUGCUCUCCCCCAGCACAUCUGCUUUCGGAACCUCCGGGUUCCUGGCGAAUCCCUUGGACCCCCAAAACGCAGAGAAGAUCCGAGUGAAGAUAGCAGAUCUGGGCAACGCCUGCUGGGUGCACAAACAUUUCACCGAGGACAUUCAGACCCGCCAGUAUCGGGCUCUGGAGGUUCUCAUCGGCGCCGUGUACAAUACGCCGGCGGAUAUCUGGAGCACGGCAUGUAUGGCCUUUGAGCUGGCAACUGGCGAUUAUCUGUUUGAGCCACACUCGGGCGAGGACUAUACCAGGGAUGAAGAUCAUAUCGCCCACAUUGUCGAGCUGCUGGGCGACAUCCCUCCGCACUUUGCUCUUUCGGGGCGCUAUUCCCGCGAGUAUUUCAACCGGCGGGGAGAGCUCCGCCACAUUAAGAACCUGAAGCACUGGGGCUUGUACGAAGUCCUGGUCGAAAAGUACGAGUGGCCCCUGGAGCAGGCGGCCCAGUUCACGGACUUCCUCCUGCCCAUGAUGGAGUUCAUCCCCGAAGAGCGGGCUACCGCCUCCCAGUGUCUGCAGCACCCUUGGCUCAACUCCUAG